UCAUAAGCAAAUGAGGGAAGUGUUUGAAGAAAACUUGAAAGAUGAAGGUUUAGAACUGGAAUAUGAUACUGAGUUGUGAUUUAUGGUUGGGAAAGAAGAUCAUUCAGGUACGAGCAACCUCAUAAAGAAAUACCUAGGGAUGCUUUUUGGUUGGAAAAGGUAGUCUUUCAAGUAAGAGAGAAAUCUUAUUAAACAAAGAAAUUAUUUGAUCUACGCUGUAUAUGGUGCUUUCUAGUUGAAAAAGGACAUAUUUCAAGUAAGACAGAACAAUUUUCUACAUAAGGAGUAUGAAUGAUGCAUAAUGUAGUUGCUGAUUACAUUCUCAAAAUUAUUGGAUAAAAGUUCUUUUGGAGGUAGUUUAAUGUGUUCAACUUAUUAUGAAUUGAUUUAAUUUCACUGUCGAAAAAUCUUCUGUGAUGCUGUUUGUGAGCUUUUAAACCAUAGUUGCUUGUCUAAAAUUAAAAAAUUGGGAUAAAGUUUAAAUUUUCUACUUCUCAAGAGCACAAGAUGAGAAUGUCUUCAGAAUCAAAUAAUUGUUACUCAUUCACAAGUUAAAACUGUCUAUCAACAGCAAUUUGUUUGCAGUACCAUUCUUACCUUAACUGUCAUUUUAAUUCUGUAGGAAGCAGAUCAGUAGUGUGCCUUGAAAUAUAAAAUUAAAGCUUCCUUGGAGUUAAUGUAAUAAAAUACAAAUGUAUGUACAUUUUUGUAGAAACUUUUUUCUGCAUUAACAAAACUGAAAGUUAGAAAAUUUAGAAGCUACAUUAACCUUUGUUACCUUUGAAUAGUCUGUCACUGAUGUCAACUGUGUGAAAGUCCAUGCUCCUUGGGAAGUUCUUACCAGAUAUGCUGAAAUAAUGAAGUUAAAAAUGCCAAUGAAAGAGUUCCUAAUGGACAACAUGGUGACUGGUGUGGUGCACAAUUUCUUGGAUUUUGAACCUGUACCAGAUUUUCAGAAAUCUAAAUAUUCUGUCCAAAGAUUUAUGCAAAAUAUCAAUAUAUUUAGCCAGUCAGUUUCUGACUUUUUUAAUAUUCAAAUAUCAGAGGACCAUCAGUUUACAGCUGAAUACUCUAGAGAUAAAGAAUAUUUAUUUGAUAUUCCAGAGAAAAAAGAGGACUUUUUUAACCCAGGACUGCGUGCUCAAGUUGUGGAUUUUAUUUUAAAGCGAAAGAGAUUCAGCAAGGAUCCAUCUCAAGCUUUUGCAUUUGGAAUAAAUAACCUUAUUAAUGAUGGAGUAUAUAAAGCAGCCUAUCCAUUGCAUGAGGGAGGAUAUGAUUCUGCAGAUGAACAUUCUCCUCGUGGACAGCUACUAAAAAAUUGGGCUACAAUAUGGUCAGUAUGGAAGUAUCAGCCUCUUGAUCAUAUCAAAGAAUAUUUUGGAGUGAAGAUAGGUCUUUAUUUUGCCUGGUUAGGUUUCUACACUUGCAUGUUGAUUCCUGCUUCUAUAGUAGGAGUACUAUGUUUUCUGUAUGGUUGCUUUACAUUAUUGGGUGACAGUCCAAGCGAUGAUGUAUGUGAAGUUUACAAAGAUACUCUGAUGUGUCCACAGUGCGACGUAGAGACGUACAAUUACUGGAAGCUUGGAGAAGCAUGUGUUUAUGCCAAAAUGACUCAUUUUUUUGAUAAUGGUGCUACUGUUUUUUUUGCUGUUUUUAUGUCUUUAUGGGGUGUCACAUUUCUUGAAUUAUGGAAGAGAUAUUCUGCAAAAAUUGCCCAUCGCUGGGACAUGACAAGUUUUGAUGCAACGGAGGAACAUCCAAGACCUGAGUAUUUAGCACAGCUUCCAAUUGUAAAAAAGAAAUUAAAUUUUAUUACAAGGAUCUAUGAACCACAUGUUUCAUUUUGGAAAAAGCGAGUACCGUUUGCCAUUUUUUCCUGUUCUGUGGUUAUAUUGUUAGUUACAGUAGCUCUUGGAGCUGUAGUUGGUGUAAUCCUUUACAGGCUUUCUAUUAAAGCUGUAUUAAGCAUUAGUGGCAACAAAAAUCUGACAAGUAUGGCAUCCGUAAUUAUUUCUACCACAGCAGCUGUUUUAAAUCUUUUUUGUAUUGUGAUUUUUGAUAAGGUAUAUCAAAGGAUUGCCAACUACUUGACUGAAUUAGAAAUGCACAGAACCCAGACAGAAUAUGAAAACAGCUUAACCUUGAAGAUGUUUCUACUUCAGUUUGUUAACUACUAUUCAUCCAUUUUUUACAUAGCAUUUUUCAAGGGAAGGUUCGGAGGACAUCCUGGACAUUACUCUCUGUUGUUUGGAUAUUGUCAAGAAGAAUGUGGCACAGGAGGCUGCUUGUUAGAGCUUUCUAUGCAGUUGGCCAUUAUUAUGGUUGGAAAGCAGGCUAUUAAUGCUGUUUUUGAAAUGGGAGUACCGUGGCUGUUAUGGUUUAGUAAAAUGUGGCAUUUGCACAAAAAAGAGAAACAUAAGAGUGGAAAACACAUUAUUGCCCAAUGGGAAAGUGACUAUAGUUUAUCAGAAUGGGGAUCAAAUGGGCUUUUCUUUGAGUAUCUGGAAAUGGUUUUACAGUUUGGAUUUGUCACAAUUUUUGUAGCAGCUUUCCCACUUGCUCCUCUUUUUGCUCUACUAAACAAUCUUUUUGAGAUAAGGCUUGAUGCCAGAAAGUUUAUUACUUCUUUUCGACGGCCAGUGCCACAGAGAGUUAAAAGUAUUGGUGAGUAAACAGAAAAAACAUUUUCUAUUUGAAAAU